GGUGGCUGGAGCACGGCGGGGAGACCCAGCGAAGAGGUAUCGGCGACUUCAAGGGAACCAAGGUCAGCAGCGAUGGCGGAAAACGGACAGGCGAAGAUUAUCGAUGGGAAGAAGAUCGCGGAAUCAAUCAGAGCAGAGGUUGCAGAAGGCGUGACAGCACUCAAAGCCCAAACCGGGAAGGUCCCCGGAUUGGCUGUCGUGAUCGUGGGUGAAAGGAAGGAUUCACAGACAUACGUGCGGAUGAAGAGAAAGGCAUGUGCGGAGGUCGGGAUCGCAUCAUUUGACCAUGACUUACCGGCAGACACCUCUGAAGCAGAAGUUCUGCAAGUUAUUCAACAGCUGAAUGACAACCCAGACGUGCACGGCAUUCUUGUGCAGCUGCCUCUGCCAGCUCAGAUUAAUGAGCAGAAUAUUCUUGAUGCUAUCAGCAUCGAGAAGGAUGUCGACGGAUUUCAUCCAAUGAAUAUUGGAAGACUUUGCAUGAAGGGAAGAGAUCCUUUAUCAGUGCCCUGCACACCAAAGGGCUGCGUCGAGCUGCUCGUCCGCAGCGGAAUCACCAUAGCCGGAAAGCGGGCAGUUGUGGUCGGCCGAAGUAACAUCGUGGGCAUGCCAGCUGCUCUGCUCUUGAUUGGUAUGAAUGCCACUGUGUCCAUUGUUCAUUCAAGAACAGACGACCCCAAGUCCAUCGUGCAACAAGCAGACAUCGUCAUUGCAGCCGCAGGGAGGGCACAUCUCGUUAAAGGGGACUGGCUGAAACCUGGGGCCGCAGUGAUUGAUGUUGGAACAAAUGCAGUGGAUGAUCCAACAAAGAAGAGUGGAUACAGAUUGGUUGGAGAUGUUGAUUUUGAGGAAGCGAAGAAGGUUGCAGGGCAUAUCACUCCCGUGCCCGGGGGAGUAGGCCCUAUGACUAUUGCUAUGCUAUUGCAGAACACUCUAGACAGUGCUAGAAGGUCCGCUGAAGCACAAGCAUAGCCACGUUCGAGAGAGAGAGAGAGAGAGAGAGAGAGAGAGAGAGAGAGAGAGAGAGAGAGAGAGAUUCUGGGGGAGCGAAGGGUUCUCGGACUAUGGAUGGAAGAGAUGUUUAUGGAAUUCACUGAUGCGUGAAGAGAAGAUUGAGGGGUUGAGAUUGCUUAGGGUAGCAGCCUGGCUGGCUGUGUGAGGUAGGGUGGGGAUGCUAAGUCAGUGGUUGGAGCGCAGUUAGUGGUUGGAGGGGGUCUUGUUGUUCAAAUUUUUGGAUUUAGCGGAAAUGCAUUCCGCGGGAGCCAAAUUUUGUCAUUUUGAUCAACGAUGAGAUUCUCGUGAAAUUGAUUGAGUCUGAUGUUUCAACGGUUGUCAGAGUCAGCAGCAAGUCUGUCAGAGGGUCAAUUAUUGUUCUUUCUAUCAGAAUUUCUGGGAGCUGCAGUUGAAUUGUUAUUCUUCUAUUAGAUCUACUAGUCAAUCAUUUGUGCACAUGUUUAGAGUCAUUAUGGAUAUUGGAGAUGUUCCACACUUCUUUUGUGGGAGGAGGGAGGAGGGCGGAGUCCAGGAGGUGAAACGACUGUAGGUGGGGGUGUUAAUUAGAUGAAAAUGAACGAAAAUAACGAGGCUCCCUGCACAUACGAGGUUCUAAGAUAUUCAUCCGUUAACCAGUUCCUGGAAGCUGAUAUCUAGCCGGUUAACCAGUUCCUGGAAGCACAUACGAGGUUCUAGAUGAAAAUGAACGAAAAUAGCCGGUUCUCUGGGAGUUAACUGGGAGGAGAUGAUAUCCCCAGUUCACUGGGAGUUAACUGGGAGGAGUCGAUAUCCGGUUCACUGGGAGUUAACUGGGAGGAGAUCCUAUCCUGUUCCAGGAGGUGAAACGACCGUAGGUGGGGGUACUCUAAUUAGAUGAAAAUAACGAGGCUCCCUGCACAUACGAGGCUCUAAGAUAUUCAUCCGUUAACCAGUUACUGGAAUCUGAUAGACGGUUCACUGGAAGUUAACUGGGAGGUGUUGAUAUCCGGUUCACUGGGAGUUAACUGGGAGGAGAUGAUAUCCCCGGUUCACUGGGAGUUAACUGGGAGGAGAUCCUAUCCUGUUCGAUAAGAGUUAACUGGGACGAGGGCAAUGGGAGUUAACUGGGACAAGGUGAUAUUCAGGGAACUGGGAGGAGGUGAUUUCCAGUUAAACCGAAGGAGAGGCGAUGAUACCCGGUUAAUUGGGAGGAGGUCAUAUGCAGUUUAAACCACCAGUACUUCCUAAAGUGGUGCCCGUUAACAAGCCACGAUUUUAAAGGAAACGUACCGGUCACUACAGGAGCGCCCAAAUUCAUCCGACUAGAAACGUUUCUAUUCUAUUUUUCUGGACGGUCGAAUCGGGUCGAUAGCUGGGCCAAGUACAGUAACUUGUGGUUUCACGGUACUGGGAGGAGGUGAUGUCCAGUUAACUGGGAGGAGUUGAUAUCCACCCCAUACCAGUCACCAAGCGUGAUAUGACGUAGCAGUGACAAAUAUGGGUGGGUGGGGUGUGAGGUGUCUUACCGGUAGAGAGAGGAAGGUGGUUGGUUGAGGGUUGGAGGUGAGUGGAGCGGCUGGUGACCGGUGGGGAUGUGGGAAUAAUGUCCACGUGCGGCAUCGCUCUGCUCAAUUGUUGUGCGCUAAGCGGGUCGUGUCAUCACCCCAUACAGCUGCAUGAAUGACAGCACGUGGCAUUGGGAUGCAGCUGCUCACGAGUGGAAAAUUGACACGUGUCCAUUUGUCUUUUUUGUGGGAUGACCAUGCAUGGUUAAUCACGUGGGGCAAUUGUCCCACGUGAGUAGAAACCCACUCACGGAUGUGAUGGGCUGAGACAAUUACACGUGG